AUGGAGGUGUCAAAAAUAUCAGACAUGACCAAGCUCCACCAGGCUGUGGCUGCAGGGGACUGCAAUUCAGUGAAGAAGCUUUUGAAGAAAGGUCUCUGUGACCCAAACUACAAGGAUGGAGACUGGAACGACAGGACCCCACUCCACUGGGCUGCAAUCAGAGGGCAAAUGGAGGUGUUCCAUCUCCUGAUACAAUCUGGAGCCAGGCCCUGCUUGGUAACCGAUGUGGGCUGGACGGCAGCUCACUUUGCAGCCGAGUCAGGCCAUCUGAAUGUACUCAAAGCUCUGCAUGCACUUCACACCGCCAUCGAUGCUGCUGACUUCUUUGGAGACACGCCCAAGAGGAUUGCACAGAUCUAUGGUCAGAAGGACUGUAUGAACUUCCUGGAGAUGGCAGAACCGGAAUGCAGGGACCGCCGCCAGAGAGGACUAUUGCUUGACGAGCGGGAUCCAGAUUGGGACCUCAAGAAAAGGGAGCUAGAGCUGUCCCUUCCAGCUCCGGAUCAAAAGGCCAACAAAAAGAAGAAGAGAAUCCGAGGCUCCACCAGGCUCAACCAUUCCAACCCCUGGAGGGUGUGAGAAGGUGAAGCCCCAGGGCUCAGGCUGGAAGCAGCAGGAAUACUCCGACAUCUUCACUGGAUUCGACUCAGCCACCCUUACUGGGUCAUCUAAAGAAAGUCCCAGCCAUUCAGUAGCAAAGUCAUUCAGUUGCAAAGUUUUGCCAAUUUGUUCUCUAUAGAAGCUAAGGUCUCCUUGAUAAAAACCUGAUGCCCAGAGGCGUGACCCGGAGGAGGGGGUGGGGGACACGUAACCUUAGCCGGCAGACAACUGUUUGCAUUUGGUUUCCGUGGCUUGCAGUAUCAGCAUGCCACACCCCUCACCCCAUGAACGCACAUAGUUACAGAAUGGUCAAGAUCAAAAUAAGUGCUCUUCUAAUUAAGUUGAUCGAC